AUGCAGUUUGAUAGCUGUAUGAUGCAGUUUGAUAGUGGUUACAUAGCAGAUCGAUAGCUGUAUGAUACGGUUUGAUAACGGUUCAAUAGUGGUUCGAUAGCGGUUCAACUAUGAUUCGGCAGCUGUAUGAAGCAGUUUGAUAACGGUUCUUUAUCUGUACGAUGUGGUUUGAUAGCAAUUCUUUAUUUCGAUCGAGACGUUGACCGAGGCGUUGGCCGAGGCGUUGACCGAGGUGUUGACCGAGACAUCAUAUAAAACGGUCUCGUUGAUAAAUCACGUACGUUUUGUUAGACAAUGGCGAGCGCAGAUAAAAAAUUUUAUGAAAGCUGAUGUGGCUGAGAAUAUGCUUUUCAAAUUUUAUUUCUCAAGCGAUGGUUUAAUUGUGAUUUGAUAGAUGUGUUUGAUUGCUGUACGAUGUGAUAACGGUUCAAUUCUAGUGAUGCAGUUCGAUUGCUGUAUGAUGCUGUUCUAUAGACGUAUAAUACGGUUUGAUAGCGGUUCAAUUCUGGUUUAACAGAUGUACAAUGUGGUUCGAUGGUGCAGUUUGAUGUAUAUGAUUCAAUAUAAUACAUUUAAUAUGCUCUUUAUGGAGUUGUUUUAAAACACUGCUUUACUUCGACAGAGACGUUGACAUCCAGCAUCAUAUAAGACAAUCUUGCUAAUAAAUCGCAUACGUUUUAGUUCUUGUUAGACAAUGGUAAGCACAGAUAAAAAAUUCUACGAAGCUGACAUGGUUGAGAAUCUUUUUCAAAUUUGUUUCUCAAGUAAAAGUCACGUACAUCUUCACUAUAUAAUGAUGGGGGUCUGCUCCUCAACGCUAGUUUGGAUCGCUCGUGUCGUCAAAUAAAAGCUCGUGUCGUAGUUGUAAAAGCUUGUGUCGAAGUGCUAGCAACAUGUCAAACUUUGGCCAUAGAUUGCGUAUUGAGUAUCCGAUUGUGGGGUACGUAUACGUUGGUGAUAUCUCACAUGGACCGACCACGGCCGUUCACGGCCGAACAUUUGUAAGAGUGCCGCAGAGCCACACAUCGAUUAUUUGGCUAAAUAAUGUAGUGUCCAUACGUGGGCCCGUUGGUGAGCAGCCAUAUUUUGGAUUUGAUGAAAUCCGUAUAUCGGGGUUCAUCAAUAUCGCCGCAGCUUGGUGGAGGCGGUAUUUCCGCCAAGGGGACCAGUGUAGAAACAACCAAAAUAGGGAACACGCAUACGGACAUUAUAAUUUUGACGCUGACGUGUGGGACCUCAGGAGGUUGUUUAACAUGGAACCACCGUCCGAAGAUGGAGAAAUCUGGGAGUGACGUGCUAUUUUAAUUACUCUUUUAUUAUAUGUUCCUCUUAUAUGACUUUUUAUAUGUUCUUCUACUUUUAUACUUUUAUAUACUUUUUAUAUACUUUUAUACUUUUAUACUCUUUUUAUAUACUUUUUAUACUUU